AAAUAAACAACAACAUGAUUGGUGACGUAGUACACAUAUUGUGUUGGCAAACUUCGUGCAACAAAGCAUACGAUAUUUUCAGGUCUAUAUAUUUUAUUAUUCAAACGAUUGUUACAGUUUUGCACAAUGGCAGAAGAAGCUGCAGCUGUUGACUUAAAAGCUGGGCAUCCUCCAGCAGGUUAGUAACUUCACAAAUUUAAAUGACAUUGGUGUUUUCCUAAAAUGUAUGACUCGGCUGUCGUCAGAUAAGUAGAUGGCAUGGCCAUGACAGAUGGCCGCCUACUUUUUGCAAGCAAGGCGCCUUCGUGGCCUUGGCUGCCUUGCAACAAUUAAUUAAGUCAGCAUAUGCAGAAAUAAGAAAAUGUUUGACUUUGUUAUCAGGGCAACCCCAAAUCUUACCUCUUUUGUUAUGGUAAUUAAGUAUGAAAGAAGGGUCUUGCUACUCUUGAAUAAUUUUGUAAACAUAAAAUAAUGAAACGUAAUUUAAUUAUAAAUAAAACGCCUUUACCCCAUCUGUGUCACCGUAGCCGUAGCAUUAUUGACAUUAAUGAAUUAUUAUUAUUAUGAUUAACCAUUAUCUCUAGGCCAAUUAGCCUAUGACCCCUAUGAAUCAUGAAUAGUAUGAUUCGUAUGAACCAUGAUGAUUCAUUUAACUUUAACUUGGCAGAAUUUUCUAAUUCUAAUCAUUCUUGUACCUGUACAUUUUAAUGACUAAUUUCUAAUGAUUAGUAAUUAUUAUUAUUAUUUAUUAGAACUGUGACUAGGGGCUUUGGUAAAUAUUGGAUCAGCAUGCCACUCAUUUACAAGGGCUGCCAUCUUGGUUGCCAUGACUUGUGGACUCAGGGGUCAUUGCAAACAAGAGUUUUAAAAAACAUAGUGGCUGUGUACUAAAAAAGUAGUAAAAAGUACGGCUUACAUGGGGAGGGGAAAAGAAUGUACUGUUUUAGCUACUUACCAUGAUAGAAACGAAAAUAGGAUAAAACUUUAACAUUUUAUGAAAUUAUUUUAUCUGGUACCGGUACAUUAACUUCGUGAUGAACGUUGAAACUUUAUUGUAUCACUCUAGAUAUGCAGCAGGAAGUGUUAACAAUUUGACGCUGCCCCCUUUCCUGGUGUAAUUUCAGCUGAUUCAUUUAUUUCGUGUCACACAUAGCAACUUUAUUCUAUCUCUCUAGAUAUGUGGCAAGAAGUGUCAAAAGAAAAAAGAUAUUUUUUAAAUAAUGAAAAAAGAACUUAAUGGUUUCACAGAAUACACUUUCACACACUUUAUUGCAGGUUCCACCAACAAUAAAAUCAUAAAUCAAUACAAUACCCCUUAUCAAAAUGAUGGAAAAUUUACAUAUUAUAAUUAACUACCCAAUGAAAUUAUAAUUUAAAACAUUCCAUCGGCAUGGUAAUCCUCGAAGUGUGUAUGUUAUAUUUCUGUACUGUGCGGGGAAUUUUGAACUUUUUGGGUGCCUUGGAAAAAGGUGAUUUUUCACAUGCAAAUAAUAUAGCUAGACCCCAUAAAUUAUAUAUUUAUUGAAAUUAGACUAAGUGGGGAAAUCAUAUUGGCUAUUUUUUAAUGACAUUUUGUACGCGUUGACCUUGGAGUGACCAAGAAUAAAGAAAAUGAUUAAACUUUUUAUUUUGGAUUACCUCAAACUACAAUUUUUGAAGCCAUAUGAUAACAUAUUUAUAUAUCUUUCAGAAAAUGUAUUACUUGUAAAUGAUUUAGUUUUAAUAGGUUGUUUUUUUUAAAUUCUUCCGAUACCUAUAAUUACGUUCAAGUAACAAAGCGUGACAUAAACAAUAUAAACAUUACUAAAUAGCAUGAAACAGAUAAAAUUUAAAUAGCUGCUAUAUAAAUAUUUAAUCCAUAAAAUGAAAUAUAAGAAAACAUACAGAACAAAUUACAAAUAUUUUUGUUGGUACAAAAUCAUUUGCAACAUAGUUUUGAACUAGUCAUGUUGUUGCUGCAACGCAUACUCAUUCUAGGCCUAAGGUCUAAAUCAUCCAAACUUUCGCUUUCUGACCCACUAGAAAAAUAAUUGGAACAAUCAUUGUCUAUGUGUGUAAUCGGAAAAUCAUCUUUUGAAUCACUUAAGUCAUUAACUAAUAAAAAUGAUCAAAAAGAUUCCUGAUUUAUUUUGUAAGCUAGAUGGUCCAGCUAUGGCCUCAUCCAUUUUGCGAAAAUCUACUUAAACAAAUUUGCUUGAUAAAGAUCGUUGAAAAAAAUAACUCCAGAGUUUAAAAAAAAAGAACACAGAAGAGCGAAAAACUGAGGUUUAUUUAUUAUUAAAAGGCAGUAGUUUUAUUUUGUGUCAAAUAUCGGACUGAAAUUUACUCUUUCAACGCAAUUUUUAUCGGCCAAUUUUUUUAGAAAGAGGAAAUUGAUGGAUUGGAAUAAACAUUAAUAGUAACAAUCAAAUAAGGGAUAGAAUCAUACACUGAAAGUCAAAGUGGCUCUCUGAACCAACAUUAGCAGGGGCUUGCCUUUGUAUUCGUUUGGACCUGGUGAUUUGGCUGACUUGGUAUUCUUAAUUUCUUUAAUUUAGUUCAUCUUUUGGACUUGGUUAGAGUUGGGCCAAGCCCCAAGGCAAGGAGCCAUCCAUAAAUAAUGUCACACUAUAACUUCAUCCCAAAUUUUCACACAAAUUAGACAUCCUGAAAAUUACAUCAUUCAAAUUUGUGACCCCUUCCCUCUAUAUACCUGACCUCAUGGCACAUUGCCCCCAAGACAAAAUUCAAUGACAUUAGGCUGCUUUGUAAAUUUUCUACAAGGCCUAACCAUGCAGAUCUAUUGUUUUAAACAUCUCGAGUUCUAGAAGUGUAUCCUAUUUUAUUGUUAAUUUUUACCAUCCCAUAAUUGAAAGAAAAGUAAAAUCCCUCAUAUUUUUCAACAUAUUUUCAUUUUGUUCCUUUUCAGUUAAGGUUGGAGGCAUGCGUGUUGUGCAGCACAAAAAAGAAGGAGAUAAGACAGAACCCCCCGCUAUGACUCCAGAAGAGGAGGCUGAAUUUGGUUCCAGGUAAGAGUGUAAAUGUUGAUUGUCUCCCUGAAUGGAAGAUGUAAACAUUAAUAAAGGCUUAAACUGAAACAUUUGUGGGUCAAUAUAAGUUCUUUGCUUUCAUAACUGUGCCCCUUUUUCAGACCUAAAACGGAGUAUCACUAUUAGCUUUGUAGAGCCAGGGUAUAUUAAAACUAAAUAUCCUCCAAAUAGAGUGACUGUUCAUCCCAGCUUUAAAAAAAAAGUAAACAUAUAAGCACCCAAUUGGCUUUUGUGAGAGCUAUGUCAGGUUUUAGAAAAUAAAUAAAAAGGUCUAUGUGUGUGUCUUUAUUUGGUAAUGAUUGUUCUCUCUAUCUGUCUUUAACCAAAAUCUCUAUGUUUAUAUUCCUUUUUUUUUUUACAUAUGUAUAAAAUUAGCUAAAGUAUUUUGUCUUUUGUAAUUUCCUGCUACGGUAUCUAAAAAUUGUACACCAUGCUUAAUAACCCUAUUUAUGUUACAGCCCUCCCAAGACUGACAAACAUCAUCAGUCAUUGUUGGUGUCUGGUGCUUUGACCAAGGUAAGAUUACAUUAUCAAAAUCAUGUAACUUCAUUUGCGGAUUUAAAUUUUUUUUUUUUUUACAUAUGCUAGUAUUAUAAUCAAUUAACUUUUCAGCAUAAAUCAGAGCUAAGUUUUUUGAAAAUUUGUAUCUUAUUUUAGGGUGACAAGGAUUUCACUCCUCAGGCCAUUAAAAGUUACCAUGAGAAACCACUCCCACAGCAUGAUGUAAGGCCACGUCCUAUUCAGCAAAGUCAGAAAAUCCAGCAGCCCAAGUAGAAGUUGUGCAUGUCCCCCACAACUAGGAUUCAUAUGGCUUUGGUUAAUCCUGAAAUAAACAUUUGCCAGUUUUUUAGCUCUAAUCUGCUAAAAACAUUUAUCUGUAGAGUGGUUCAGGCAAGUUUUGUGUUGAUGGGUUUGACUAUUUAAUGGACAUGUCUGUGUGACUUAAAAGCAUGAAAAGGUUGUUCUUUCUUGAAAGUACCGAUUGUUAUUUUAUGUGAUGACUGAAGCUAGUGGUAAUGAAUUAUACACGAGAAAUGAAAAAAAAAGUCAUAAUUUUAAUUUUAAUAUGUAAUAACGAUAUUGUAAAGCUUUUAUUUUUCAAAAGCCCUUUCUUUUUUAAGGCUUUAUGAUAUUUGUAAUGUACUUGGUAUAGGUACAGUUUAAAGACAAAAGUGUUUUAAAAAUUAUUUUUUUUAAUGUAACUUAGUCUUCUUUAAAAUAUUUAUUUCCUUAAAAAUUUGGUCAGUCCAGAGACAGCAUUUGACUGAUUCUCACAAAAAAAAAUUGAGUUUGUGAGAGAGAAAAAUAAAUAUUAAAACCUCAAUUAUUUUUAUAUUAGAACUUGAAGGCUGUGUUUAUAUAACUGUAUUUAUAUUUAACGCACCAGCUGCAGUUAUUUGGGUGGUGGAAAUCAAAAGAGUAACAACAGUUGUGGUUUUACUUCUCCGAUGUUUCAGUGUAGUCUCUCUCUUUUGUUAAUUUAUUUUAUUUUAAAGUUUUUACUUGAAUGUCAAUACCAACAAUAUUGCUCCCCGUGUAACACAUUGUAAUGGUAAUUUUUAAUGUCAACAAGUUUAAAGUUUUUAAAUUUCUCCUCAGUUUGUUUAAGGCUUACGUACGGUACCUAUCAUAUGACUAUUUGUUACACAUGAUUAGUUUGUUUUAGUUGUUGUAAACUGUUGCUGCAGUUUUAUUUAGUGUAAGUCUUAUUUCACAAUAAUAUUUUUUCUGCUUUGGGGUGAGGCAGCUUUAUUUGCAGUUAGACACAAAUUGUCCAGUCUUUUCCGUUAUGUUGUUAUACACAUUUCUUUAUGAGGCAUUAAUAUUGAGGCAUAAACUUAAGAUUUUUUUGCAACAAUUGUAGGCCCAUCCACCUAUUGCCAUGCAAAAUCAAAUUUAAAUUUAAAGCUGAAAUAAAUGUUUUUUGGGGGGUUUUGUUGUUGUUUUUUUUUUUGUGGAAAGGUAGAAGGAAUUUGAGGAUAAAUUACAAAUUGGAACGAAUAAAUUAAUUUUUAUUGAGGAUUUAAAAUAAUACCUGUUGUUAAGUUACAAAAAUAGGAGAAGGCGUUGCGAUCGAUGAUAUCCUUAAUUGAAGAAAUGGGGCUUUUUUAAAUUUACAAAUUUUUUUUUUAAAGUGUAUGGAAUUAAAUAUACUGACCAUAAAGUUGAACAUAAAUAACAGCAGCUUGAAAUAUAGCCCAGGGCUAAAGGGGUUUAAAAAAUGAACAGUUUUAAAACUGGAUUUGACAUGUCAAAAACUAGACAAAUGUCAAAGUCAAAUUUUGAGAACACAAGUCAGUAAGGAGAUGACAAAAUAUCCACACGAGAAUGAAUAUUAAAAAGGACUUAAUGCCUACAGAAUAUUUUGAUGUCUCUUAAUGGUCAAUAUUGAACUUAUUUUUUGCCAAAAAUAAUCAUACAUUUUCCUUCACAAGCAUUGAGCUUUGAGUUACCUUUGCCUGCGUAUACCCUAAUACCUUUUUAAAAAAAUUAUAUUUUUUGUUUAUCUAGUCUGUUAUUUCUCUAAAAUUAAUAUGUUUCAGUCAGUUUUGACGCCUUACAUUUUUGAAAUGGUCAGAAGCAUUCAUGUCAAUGAUCAAAAAAAUGUUUACUGCAGGGUUGUGCCUUUAUUUUAUAACAAAGUCUAAGAUGUAUUAUCCAGUUCACUUCUACUCCAUAACAGCAUUAUUGUUACGUCCAGUUUCUAACUUAGAAAACAGCUGUUACAAGGGGUCAAAAUUAUUAGCUGUUAUUUAAAUUUGAAUUAAAGCAGGCAUUUUUUUUUUUAAAAGAAACAAAUAUUAUAAUAAUAAUAGAUUCUGAGAAGAUGGAUAAAUGUUAAAAAUCAGAAAUAUUGUUUUUUUUUCCCUUCCUUUGUGUCUAAAAAUUAAUGAAAAAUUGUAGGCUUGUACUUAUUUCAUGUAAUGAAUUGCAAACGUUUUUAAUGGAAAGCAUCUUUUGUUCUUCCAACUACAAUUUGAAGUAAACUUUAUUUUUUGUUGUCAAAAUUGUGUCAAAACAGGUUCCCAUUAAAUAUGUUGAAAUUAGAGUUGUUUCAGUGCUUUUUUUUUAUGUUAAAUAUUUGCUUCAGUUUCAGUGCUUUUUUUUUUAUGUAAGAAUGAUGGCUGGCAAAAUUAAACUU